UUUUGUUACAGCUUUAGGUAAGCCACAAGCUGUUAUAUCUGAAGAAGCAGCGAAUGCGAUGGAAGGCAACCCAGAAGAAUCAAAUGAAGAGGCAAGGAUCAAAAGAAAAGGAUCAAAAGGUGGUUCUGUCCCACGUUCUUUAUCGGCUUCAGAUGGAAACAAUACAAGAGAAAUGGCAAUUCGGCGCAUGAGCAGUCAAGCUAAUGGGGGACUUAGUCGGAAUGCUGACUCGUCUCUCGAGUUGACCAUGGGUGUUGCGCUUAAGAGAGGAAUGGUUCUUCCAUUCACUCCUUUAGCUAUGUCAUUUGACGACAUAAAAUAUUACGUCGACAUGCCUGCAGUAAGUUUUAUUCUUUUUCAUCUGUGUUUUUAUUUUCUAAUAACAGUUAGAGGAAACUGGUAGAAUCUUAGUUAACUCAAAAAAAAAAAAAAA